CUGGCUGUUGAACAGCGAGCAUCCGAGAAGAACCGAGCGGCUGCGUGUGGCGGACUCCGGAGUUCCGUUGCGCGGUUGGUUUUUACUCGCGUCCCUAUCGGGCGCUUCUCAGCACCGGGGAUCCGGAACGCGACGCCGGCCUUGACACGCAGCGUUUAAGGGGGGUCGGAUCGGAUCGGGUCGGGAUCGGAUGUGAAGUGGCGCGUUCUGGCAACUCGGCGAUGCGGAUUACCUCCCUCUCAAUGGUUCGCCGCCUUUGGGUCCGGUUCGGUCAAGUAAAUCGAGUCGAGUGACGUUCGGUCCGGUCCGGUCCGGUACGGUCCGCCGGCAGGUUUUAGGUUUCGCCGCCAGACCGCUCGCCCAGGAGAGGGAAGGGGAAGACCCGCCGGAGUGGCGGCGGGUCCCACGUGUUCGCUUGUCUGCCGAAACCCGAACGCGUCAACUGCGAUUUCCGACCGAGCGAAACUUGACCGCCGCCGCCUCCGCCGAUGGCGAACGACUCCAUUCAAAGCGACCCAGGCGGGCUGUCGGUCCUGGAGCAGCUGGGUCUGGACCAGAGCUCCGACUUCUCUGACUCCAGUGUGCAGCAGCGUCUGGAUGAGGAGCGGGAGAGGAUCCGCAGGGAGAUCCGAAAGGAGCUGAAGAUCAAGGAGGGAGCGGAGAACCUGCGCAGGGCCACCACGGACAAGAGGAACGCCCAGCAGGUGGACAGUCAGCUGCGGAGCUCCAAUCGCAAGCUGGACAACCUGCAUGCUCAGCUCCAGGAGCUGGACGCCCACAUCGUGGUGAAGGGAGGAGAUGAAAAUAAAGACGAGUGCCCCCAUUCUCCAGGGGCAGAGAGCCGCAUGUCGGCCCACCAGGAGCGCAUCGCCGCCCUGGAGCGACAGCUCAACAUCGAGCUCAAGGUCAAACAGGGAGCCGAGAACAUGAUCCCCAUCUACGCCAACGGUGCCACCAAGGAUAAGAAGAUGCUGCAGACAGCCCAGCAGAUGCUGCAGGACAGCAAGACCAAGAUAGACAUCAUUCGCAUGCAAAUCCGGAAAGCUGUGCAGGCGACGGAGCACAGUGAUGACAUGCAGGGGAACCAGGACCUGUGUGGGAUGGAGCUGCGUAUUGAGGAGCUGAGGCACCACUACAGGGUGGAGCAUGCCGUGGCCGAGGGGGCCAAGAAUGUCCUCAGGCUACUGGGGGCCAGUAGGGUCCAGGACAAGAAGGCGCUGUCUGAGGCCCAGUCUCGUCUCAGCGAGGCGUCACAGAGGCUUGACCUGCUGAGAGAUUCUCUAGACAUGCGCCUGGCUGAGCUGCCAGAGGACCACCCCAAGGCCAGCAUCAUUAAAGAGGAGUUGGUGCUGGCCUCCUCCCCUGCCUUCAGCUCCCGCCACGGAGCCCCCUACCUCCACAACCAGUACAGCACCCUCAGCAAGCCAUCCCCCCUCACCGGUACCCUACAGGUGCAGCUGCUGGGCUGUGUGGGUGUGUUGGAGGUCGUCCCAGGGCGCAGCAAAGGGACGGCGGUCAUGCUGCCUUGCUACAGCCCAGGAGACAGCAGGUCCUUCAUGAGGGGCAGCAAAGGACUGUAUGGACGCAGCGGGUCCGUCAGCGGGAAGACCCCCAGCAAGAUGGACGAGCUGUCCUCGGAGGUGAGUGCGGUGCUGAAGUUAGACAACACAGUGGUGGGGCAGACGGCCUGGAAGACUGUAGGAGAGCAGGCCUGGGACCAGACCUUCACUGUGGAACUCGAGAGGUCACGGGAGAUGGAGAUAGCGGUGUAUUGGAGGGAUUAUCGGUCACUGUGUGCUUUGAAGUACCUUAAACUGGAGGAUUUCCUGGACAACCAGAAGCACAGAGUCCAGCUGGAGCUAGAGCCACAGGGGCUGCUCCUGGCCGAGGUGACCUUUUUCAACCCCGUCAUUGAGAGAGUGCCUCGCCUCCAGAGACAGAAGAAGAUCUUUUCCAAGCAGCAAGGAAAGGCUUUCCUACGGGCUCGUCAGAUGAAUGUGGACAUCGGGACGUGGGUGAGGCUGCUUAGGAACGCCAUCCCCACCGUCAACAACACGGGGACGUACAGCCCCAACGCACACAGCCUCACACUCAACACAGGGGAGAUCUCAGUGGAGAAGCUGAGUCUGGACAGCGACUCCCCAUAUAGGGGAGAUUCCAAGAGAGACACGGAAACACACACUCCGGAGCGGUUGCCAGUCAUCGAGCCCUUUUCUCCCCCAGACCUCACCCCCGAGUGUCCUGUCCGAACCCCCUCUGUUAGCAGUAAACAGAAGAAAGCUCCUCUCAGCCUCCAGGACUUCAGACUGAUCGCUGUGUUGGGCAGGGGACACUUUGGGAAGGUGCUGCUGUCGGAGUACAAGAAGACUGGCACCAUGUAUGCCAUCAAGGCGCUGAAAAAAGGAGACAUCAUCGCUCGGGACGAGGUGGAAAGUCUGAUGUGUGAGAAGCGCAUCUUUGAGACGGUCAACUUGUCGCACCACCCCUUCCUGGUCAACCUGUUUGCGUGUUUCCAGACGCCAGAGCACGUGUGUUUCGUCAUGGAGUACACGGCUGGAGGUGACCUGAUGAUGCACAUCCACACGGACGUCUUCACCGAGCCCCGAGCUGUCUUCUAUGCGGCUUGUGUGGUUCUUGGACUUCAGUUUCUUCACGACCACAAGAUUGUGUACCGAGACCUUAAACUAGACAAUCUGCUCCUGGACAUGGACGGUUAUGUCAAGAUUGCCGACUUUGGACUUUGUAAAGAAGGGAUGGGUUACGGGGACCAGACCAGUACGUUCUGUGGGACCCCUGAGUUCCUGGCCCCCGAGGUCCUGACAGACACGUCCUACACCAGGGCGGUGGACUGGUGGGGGCUUGGCGUCCUCAUCUACGAAAUGCUGGUGGGAGAGUCUCCGUUCCCAGGGGACGAUGAGGAGGAGGUGUUUGACAGCAUUGUGAAUGAUGAGGUUCGCUACCCUCGGUUCCUCUCCGCUGAAGCCAUUGGCAUCAUGAGGAGGCUGCUGAGGAGAAACCCGGAGAGAAGGCUUGGUUCUGGUGAAAAAGAUGCCGAAGAGGUGAAGAAGCAGCCAUUUUUUAGGGGUCUGGACUGGGAGGCGCUGCUGCAGAGGAAGCUGCCCCCUCCUUUUGUUCCCUCCAUCGCCGACAAGGAGGAUGUCAGCAACUUCGACGAGGAGUUCACAACGGAGGCCCCGAUCCUCACGCCUCCCCGCGAGCCCCGCACACUGUCCCACAAGGACCAGGACGGUUUCCGAGAUUUUGACUAUGUCUCUGACCUCUGUUAGGGGGGACUAGUGGGGGUCAAAGGUUGUGGUUUUGGGUGGGGGGGGCGUUCAUCAUGUGUGACCUUGUGGUGGGAGAUGUGUUUCGAAGGUGUCAUGGCAGUUUUCCUUGAGCGUGAAACAAGUGCUGACUGACUGACUGACAGGUCUGUCCGUCCACUAAUGCACUGUGAAUGAAUGUGAAUGUGUGUCUGUAGUCAUUCAGAACUUUAGGACUGAUAACUAAGUGCGGACUGGCAAUGUAUGGUCACUUUGGUGUGUGGUCGUAUCCCAUCCAGGAGACCUUCGCCUGGUGGGAAAUGAAUUUCUGUGGUUUAAAAAAGACUUUUUUUCAUCCAGUCGAAAAGACGAAUAAAUGUCACGCUCAGACCCCCUUUCUUCCUCCACGCCACCGACUGCUGUAACGAACCCCAGUCACAAUUCGGUGUUUCGCAAACAUCUUCCCUUUAAAUGCCACUUCCUGUCCACCUUUUUUUGUCAGCAUGGAUCGCUCUCUGUCCAGCUGGGGGGGGAACUCCUACUUGUGAGACGGAGCCCGUGGCCAGUUUUCCGGCACACGGCCUCUUUAAUCGAUGCCUUACGUUUCUAGUGGCUUCGUGGAAAUACGUUUCGUCUUUACUUCGCGGUCCUUUCGGAAACAUUUACGACCCUCUGUUAUGCAAUGAGAGUGAAGAAUGUUACAUAAACGCUUACGAAAUGUCCAUGUCUUAUGAAUUCCCGUCGUAAUAUGAAGGGGAUCGUUCGCCAUUUGGGGGGGGGGGGGGGAGUCAAUCCGGGAAGUGAAACAGGUAGUAUGGGUAAUGCGUUUUUAUUAUGCGAAGGUUUUCAGAUCACUCAGAGGAACAAUCAGCGUCUGAAUCGUCAUGAUGACGGUGAUGUUUAACCGUGCUACCAAGCGCUUGUUGUCGUGUGUGAAGAACGGGGUGGAAAAUCGCUGCUCGAGAGAACAAAUCUCAAACCGGACGCUCUCACGGCAGUACACUUUUCUCAAACCUGUUACCCUUUUUAUUGUCUUUGUUUUUAGUUAUGAGGAAACGCUACGACCUUUAUUUAAGGAUUAUUCAUAUUCGGUGAAAUGUUACGUCUGAAAGCAUGACGAAAUACCUACUUGCCUUUUGAACUGAAUUGGAUCGGGGUGUGUGUACAGCAGACUGAGGCUACGUGCUGCUGUCAACUCAUUCAAAAAAAGGACACAAUCAGCAGAAGUGAGGCCUUUUCAAAUUGGCAUUCCAACAUGGAGCCGUUUCCAAACACCGAGCUGAAAUAUAAGAAACACAUACAGGGGGCGUCCGGGUGGCGUGGUGGUCUAUUCCGUUACCUACCAGCGCGGGGAUCACCGGUUCGAAUCCCCGUGUUACCUCCGGCUUGGUCGGGCGUCCCUACAGACACAAUUGGCCGUGUCUGCGGGUGGGAAGCCGGGUGUGGGUAUGUGUCCUGGUCGCUGCACUAGCGCCUCCUCUGGUCGGUUGGGGCGCCUGUUUGGGGGGGGGGACUGGGGGGAAUAGCGUGAUCCUCCCACAUGCUACAUCCCCCCGGCGAAACUCCUCACUGUCAGGUGAAAAGAAGCAGCUGGCGACUCCCAGACAGCACCCAGAUGUGGGCACUGAUGACCUUCUUCUGGCCCUGACAAAAUGGAUGUGAGCCUGAAGUGGCCCACAUGUAUAAUAGCAAAUAUGGCCCAAAUAUGCCAAAUCAAAUGUGGGCCUUUUUUUUUGGCGAAGAUGCGGUGCUCUGGGUACCAUGUGAUCUGGAUGUGACCCUGAAGUGGCCCGUGUGGUAAAUGGUGAAUAUGGCCCAAAUAUCACAAAACAAAUAUGGCCCACCUUUGGCAAAUAUGUGGCACAGGCGGCAUUGCUAUGGCUUGGUUCUGGCCCAGAUCUGGCAAACAGGAGCGGACCGCCCAAGUGCCACUAUUCCACGCAGUAUGUGGGCCGGCCGGAUGAAAGUGUCGGGUGUGGGACGGGUCCGGGCCACAGCAAUUUUGCUAUCUAGCCUCCACAUGUAUCGGAGGAGGCGUGUGGUAGUCUGCAGCUUUCCCCGGAUUGGCAGAGAGGGGUUCGAGCAGCGACCGGGACGGCUUGGAGAGCGGGGUGACUGGCCAGAUACAAUUGGGGAGAAAAAGGGGGUGGGGGGGGUUUUCCAAAAUAAACCGGACUCAUCCGGCCAGCCCGGCUGCUUGUAAUGAGAGGCUCGGUAGACAUGGCAGAACAACAGUGCUGAAGGACGACAUUUCCCUCGAUGGGGAUUUCUAGUUUUAACUGAAAUAACCUCACGAUAACACCUGUCUUUGUCAGUUUGCUUGACUCCGAGACGCCAACAGGUUUAAAACCUGCCUUAGACCCGAUAGUAGUGUAGUCUUGUCUGUAAUGGAAACCAGACUGCUCCAUUGUGCUGUUUCCUUUCUGUUGGAGGUGUAUUGUGAAGGUGUAUGUAAGAUAGUGUGAAACCUACUUAUCUUGUGUACGACUAUAACCAUGUGAAAACAAUUUCAUUUGAAAUUACGAGUUAUUUUAUAAAGAAAACCCGGUGAGAUAA